AAAAGCCUCGCAGGAGCGCAGUUGCUAAGGUCGCUGCAGCAAGUGUUCCGUGUGGCCGAGAACAAAGGGAUUGGCCAAUCAGUCGGCGCGUGGGAGCUCCGCAGUGGCCGAAAGCUCAAAGCACGCCAAGACUCCAAGCUGCACUUUCCAGGGUCCCAUUUCAAACGCGUCGAGGAAUCGUCUGAUGCCUCUGGGUAGUCGCAACCACCAUACAGGCGACAAACACACCAGCCUUGUGUUGUGUACUUGCUCAUCAGUCACUUGCAGACCGUCGGCUUGCAACGAAGACAAUCCCCCGUCACCAUGGCCGCUGUCCACGAGGCAGACGAGGACGACAGGUCAAACAAGAGAAGCCAUGCGGACUUUGCUGGCCAAGAUGCAACAGACAGCUCCUCGGACGACGAUGACAUGGGGCCCCAGCUCCCCUCGGCGGCCCCGAAGAAGAAGCGCCGCGUGCUUCCCUACGAGAAAUUGUACAUCGCUGCCUUGCCCAAGUCGACCCGAUACUCCAAGUCGCUGAUGCACAAGGAGCAGUUAUCCUUCGUGACCGUCACACCUUUGACCGACUUUCUCAUCACGAGCUCCGUGGACGGCGUCGUCAAGUUCUGGAAAAAGGUCGCGCAGGGCAUCGAGUUUGUCAAGGAAUUCAAGGCGCAUCAAGGCGAAAUACGAUCCGUGUCCGUCAGCCGAGAUGGCCGCAGCUUCGCGACAGCUGGUGCUGAUAAGACGGUCAAGAUAUUCGACGUCAUUUCUUUCGACUUGCUUUCCAUGCUCACUCUCGACUUCGAUCCACGGUGCAUAUGCUGGGUCCACAAGCGCGGUGCUUCCCUGCCCCUGCUGGCCAUUUCGGACGACUCGAAACCUCUGAUACAUAUUUAUGAUGGCCGGGGAGAGAGCCAGCAGCCGAUACAUACAAUCAAGGGCCUUCAUCGCAGUGUGGUUUCGCUGAUGGCAUUCAACGACGCUUUCGACUGCGUCGUGUCGGGUGACGACAACGGCAUGGUUGAAUACUGGUCGCCAAACUCGAACUACGAGAAGCCAGACAAUGUCUUCCAAUACAAGAGCUCGACCAAUCUCUUCGAUUUCAAGAAGGCAAAGUCCGUUCCCACAAGCAUAUCAAUUUCGCCGUCAGGGCAUCAGUUUGUGACAUUUUCGCUGCCGGAUCGAAAGAUUCGUGUCUUCGAAUUCGGCACAGCGAAGCUCUACCGAACAUAUGAUGAGUCUCUGCAAGUCAUCGAGGAGAUGCAGCAAGCUGGCACGGCUAUGCUUAAGCUGGAUGAUGUCGACUUUGGCCGCAGGUUGGCUGCGGAGCGAGAGAUCGAAUCGCCAUUAUACAGGAACAAAGCCACCGUAAUAUUUGACGAGUCUGGCAAUUUUCUAUUAUACGGCUCCAUGCUUGGCAUCAAGGUUCUCAACACACUGACGAAUCAGGUCGUCAAGGUGUACGGAAAAGACGAGCAUAUCAGACCCCUGAGUCUUGCCAUUUACCAGGGCCAGCCGCAGAAGAAAGGCGUAACUACCAUCGAAAUGGCUGCCUCGAGCAAUCCGCUGCUACAAGAGUCCGAAACACGUGAUCCGAUUCUUGUUGCGACAGCGAUUGGCAAGGUGCGGUUCUACAUGUUCACAAACGAGGAGGACGUGUCGAAAUCGACUAGAGAUGUACAGAACGAGCGACCAACCAUACUUGGCUCAAGAAAACCGGCCGAGGAGAAGAAGGCGCAGACUGGCACAGGUGCAGUCAUCCAUACGACGUAUGGAGACAUCCAUAUUCGCUUAUUCCCUGAUGCCGCGCCCAAGGCCGUCGAGAACUUUGUGACCCACUCACGGAAUGGCUAUUACAACAGCACCAUUUUCCACCGGGUCAUUCGCAAGUUCAUGAUCCAGUGCGGAGACCCCCUGGGCGAUGGGACUGGUGGAGAGAGUAUCUGGGGCAAGGACUUUGAGGAUGAAUUCAGCACGUUGAAGCACGACAAGCCAUACACGGUCAGCAUGGCGAAUGCAGGACCGAACACGAAUGCCAGCCAGUUCUUCAUCACGACGGAGAAGACGCAAUGGCUUGACGGCAAGCACACCAUCUUUGGGCGGGCCGUGCAGGGCUUGGAUGUGAUACACAAGAUUGAGAACGCCCGGACACACAAGGAAAAACCCGAGGAGGACAUUAGAAUUGUAAACAUCGACAUCGUCUGAAUUUGGGUGCCAGUUAGUUGAAUAUCUCGCCGGGCCCAGCAGGGGCAAGGCAAUGUACCAAUCGGAGCUUGCAAAGCCACCAUGUGUCACAGGCGUAACGUGUGCUACGAGCCCAGCUGGUAUGAUUUC